AUGUCCACCGCAGAAGUGGUCGCAAGGCGCAGUGCUGCGCUCCCCGCACUCACACCCGUUGUGAGCGGCAGCAAUGGCAGCAUGUCGAAACCGUCGUCUACAACGUCGUCUUCUACGACAGCAAACUCUACUGCCCCUUCUACAGCCACUGUCACACUCGAAAAGCUACAGGCCAAAUUUGCAUCCUCGAGACAAAAGCGUGUAAGGAGUCCCGGCCUCAACAAGGACGAGAGGGAAGACCGCACCCCAAAGCAGCGGCAGCGCAGUUUUACAAAGACCAUGGAACCCCCUGUCCUCUCCUUCUAUGGCGAGAAGCCUGUCCCGCUACCCUCGCGAUUUGGCCACCUCAAACGCAGGCUCGUAGCUGGACACGAAUCCGCACUUGAAGCAUCUUGGGCGCGCCUGCUGACGGCAUUACGCGAGGAAAUCAAUCAUAUUGAAGCCAGAGGGACGGAUCUUAUUCCAUCAAUUGAUUUUGGCGACAUUAAAAGCUCGGCCACAGUCAGGAGUUUCAGCGACAAGGUCAAGCGUUAUGGAAUCGGCGUCGUACGAGGUGUGGUUGCCAAGCCCGACGCCGAAGCCUGGGUCGAGGAGACCAAAAAGUAUCUGGAAACCAAGCACGAGUUCAAGCCGCCGCCGGCGCAAGACCCGACAUGUUUUGACUUUUUCUGGUCGCCAUGCCAGGUUCGCUCCCGGGCGCAUCCAAACGUGCUCAGCGUGCAGAGGUUUGCCAUGUCCAUAUGGGAGACUACCGACGACGACAGGCUGGCCACCAGGUUUCCCAUUUGCUACGCAGAUCGGAUUCGCAUAGAUACAAACACGACGAGUGACUUGAAUGUCGGCAGCGGCCCCAAUGUGGAAGAGUCUCUGCCGCCCGCCAGCUCCACCUUGAUUGCGCAGGUGGACAAUGGAAGUCUGGAGCGAUGGGAAGUCGACGGCUACGGCCAUAGUGGGUGCUACGAUGCCAUCUGGAGAGGCGACUGGGAAGAGUACAACCCUUGGGACCCCACUGGCCGCAUCAAUGCCACGACUGAUCUCUACAAUGGAGCUGGUGCUUGCAGCAUGUUUCGCAUGUUUCAAGGUAUUCUCGCCUUGACCACGGUGGAACCAGGCAUGGUGAGGCUACUUCCAUCACCAAAGCUGGCAACGGCAUACUUUUUACUGCGUCCCUUUUUCAAACCAAAGUCUCCCGCUCCCGAGAAUCAUGGCGACACCGAGGCCUGGGAGGCGUACAUGGAUGCUUCCAACUGGCAGCUGGAAAAAGAGCAGACAACCAUAAUCCAUGGAGCCGUUCCCGGCCAUGCGCAACGCGUGACCGAUACUUGGCAUCCGCAUUUGAGGUUGAAUGCGAGCCUUGUAGCACCGCCAACGCUCAAUCCUGGCGACUACAUCAUCUGGCACCCGGACCAGCCAUACGCAUUUGAAAAGCCCCCUCCAAGUCUUUCCAUGCUGGUAUAUACUCCUGCCGCUCCACUCACCCAGACCAAUGCGCUUUUCCUGGCUCGUCAACGGAAGGCCUUCCUCCGAGGUCAUCCCGGUCCGGAUUUUGACAGCACUGGAAGCGGUUUGGGAAGUGAAGCCCCACAUACGGGACGCCUGGAUGAAAAGGAUAUUGCCGACGUGGGAGGUCAAGAAGGACUACAAGCAAUGGGUCUGGCGCCCUGGAUCCUGGACAAGUCCAUGGUGGAAGAGUCAAAAAUGGGUACUCCAGCAGAGUCCAAGUCUGGCACGCCGACCGAGGAGAUCAAGCCAGCCCUCCUAAAUGGAUAUCUAAAUGACAACAAAUCCGAGGCCAAGAUUUCGGCAACCGAAGCUGAUGUCGCGCGAAUUGCCAACAUGGUCUUAUUCCCCGAGAGAUUUGACUUUUGGAUGCCUAGCAGGGUGGCUACGCCAUCAGUAGAAGGAGGCAAGGGUAAAGAGGCAGAGUUGAAGAAGACGUAG